GUCUUCCCCUCCUUUAUACGCCCUUUUGUUCUCCCUCCGAGCCGGCUCGGCUCAGUAUUUAUAUUCCUUAUAUAUUUAUAUUCUUCAAGAAAACACUGCUUCUUAUUCUCCUCUGACUCUGAAAACUAUUGAUUCAAUCCGUGAUUGCUCGAAGAUGGCGACUACGUGGCAACCGCUAGAGGAAGGGUUCAAGGAGAUCUGCGGAUUGCUGGAGCUGCAGAUGUCGCCUACUUCCGACAAGUCUCAGAUUUGGCAGCAGUUACAACACUACUCUUUGAUCCCCGAUUUCAAUAAUUACCUCGCUUUCAUCUUUGCUCGUGCAGAGGGGAAGUCAGUGGAUAUUCGGCAAGCAGCUGGGUUGCUUUUGAAGAACAACCUCAGAACUGUGUUUAAAAAUAUGCCUCAGGGAAACCAGCAAUAUAUAAAGUCUGAGUUAUUACCUUGUCUAGGAUCUACUGAUCGGCAUAUUAGGUCUACAGCCGGGACCAUCAUUAGUGUACUUGUUCAGAUUGGGGGAGUAGCUGGAUGGCCAGAGUUGUUGCACACUCUUGUGAAAUACUUGGAUAGCAAUGAUGUAAAUCUAAUGGAAGGUGCCAUGGAUGCUUUGUCUAAGAUAUGCGAGGAUGUUCCCCAAGUCUUGGAUUCUGAUAUUUCUGGAUUGUCAGAAAGACCCAUUAAUGUUUUCCUACCAAGAUUUCUCCAGCUUUUCCAUUCACCACAUGCUUCACUCAAAAAGCUUUCAAUGGGUUCUGUCUAUCAAUUCGUUAUGCUGAUGCCCACGGUUCUAUACUUGAAUAUGGACAAAUAUUUGCAAGGUUUAUUUCUCCUUGCUAAUGAUUCAUCUGUAGAGGUUCGGAAGUUGGUUUGUGCAGCAUUUGUUCAAUUAGUUGAAGUUCACCCAGCUUUCUUGCAGACACAUAUGAGGAAUGUUAUUGAAUAUAUUCUGAAAGUCAACGAGGACACCGAUGAUGAAGUGGCUCUUGAAGCUUGUGAAUUUUGGUCAGCAUAUGCUGAUGCUCAGCUGCCUCCAGAAAAUUUGAGGGAAUUUUUACCACGCCUGAUCCCUGUUCUGCUAUCCAACAUGGUUUAUGCUGAUGAUGAUGAAUCACUCAUCGAGGCUGAGGAAGAUGGAUCCCUCCCAGAUCGAGACCAGGAUCUGAAGCCGCGCUUUCAUUCGUCAAGGUUUCAUGGAUCAGAGGAUGCUGAUGAUGAUGAUGAUGAUGACACGGUGAAUGUAUGGAACUUAAGGAAGUGCAGUGCAGCUGCUCUAGAUGUUCUAUCGAAUGUGUUUGGUGAUGAGAUUCUCACUAGUUUGUUGCCUCUUGUUCAGACUAAAUUAUCUACUACAGAUGAUGAAUCUUGGAAGGAAAGGGAAGCAGCAGUUUUAGCUAUUGGUGCUAUUGCUGAGGGCUGCAUUAAUGGACUUUAUCCACAUUUGUCUGAUAUUAUUAGAUUUCUCAUUGUGCUUAUAGACGACAAAUUUCCACUUAUACGGAGUAUCUCCUGUUGGACCUUGUCCCGUUUCAGCAAGUAUGUUGUUCAGGGCACUGAUCAUCAAGAAGGCUGUGAACAAUUUAAUAAAAUUCUUAUGGGUCUUCUUCGACGAAUACUAGAUGAUAACAAGCGGGUGCAAGAAGCUGCUUGUUCCGCUUUUGCAACACUUGAAGAGGAGGCUGCAGAAGCGUUGGUACCAUGCUUAGAAACUAUUUUGCAACACUUAGUGUGUGCCUUUGGAAAGUAUCAGAGACGAAAUCUUCGAAUUGUUUAUGAUGCCAUUGGAACACUUGCGGAUGCUGUUGGAGGGGAAUUGAAUCAGCCCAGAUAUCUUGAGAUUUUAAUGCCUCCACUGAUUGCAAAGUGGCAGCAACUUUCAAAUUCGGACAAAGAUCUUUUCCCUCUGCUGGAAUGCUUUACAUCAAUUGCACAGGCUCUGGGUGCUGGAUUUUCGCAAUUUGCUCCACCUGUAUUCCAGAGGUGCAUAAACAUCAUUCAGUCACAACAACUGGCAAAGGUUGAUCCUGCUUCAGCUGGGAUACAGUAUGAUAGAGAAUUUAUUGUUUGUUCCUUGGACCUCCUCUCUGGACUUGCUGAAGGACUUGGUAGCAGCAUUGAGAGCUUGAUUUCACAAAGUAAUUUAACAGAUUUGCUUUUGCAAUGCUGCCUGGAUGAUGCUCCUGAUAUUCGACAAAGUGCCUUUGCAUUGCUUGGCGAUCUUGCAAGGGUUUGUCCUGUUCAUUUACGUCGACAAUUGUCAGAAUUUCUUGAUGCUGCUAUGAAGCAACUGGACACUGGCAAGCUGAAGGAAACUGUUUCUGUUGCAAACAAUGCCUGUUGGGCAAUUGGAGAAAUAGCAAUCAAGGUCCACAAAGAGAUAUCUCCAAUAGUGUUGGCAGUGGUCUCAUGCUUAGUACCAAUACUUCAACAUGCUGAGGAACUCAACAAGUCACUUGUAGAAAAUAGUGCCAUCACCAUUGGAAGACUUGCAUGGGUCUGUCCAGAGCUUGUUUCGCCCCAUAUGGAGCAUUUCAUGCAAGCCUGGUGUAUUGCUUUGUCUAUGAUACGUGAUGAUAUUGAGAAGGAGGAGGCAUUUCGAGGAUUAUGUGCAAUGGUUAGAGCAAAUCCAUCAGGGGCUUUGAAUGCACUUGGUUUUAUGUGUAAAGCCAUUGGAAGUUGGCAUGAAAUAAGGAGUAGUGAUCUACACAAUGAAGUCUGUCAGGUGUUGCAGGGCUAUAAACAAAUGCUCGAUAAUGGAGCAUGGGAACAAUGCAUGUCUGCUUUGGAGGCUCCUUUGAAGAAUAAGCUUCAAAAGUAUCUUGUGUAAUGCUACAUUUUUACACUGGACUUGUCUUAUGGCUGAUCAUCAAAUACGAGCAAGCUAUGCACCUGCAUUUUUAAUGUUUUCUUUGUCUGAUUGUUGUGGAUCUUUGAUUAUCGAGGGCAAGGACAAGUUUUUGGUCAAGUUUUCCUGGAGGAGAAUUUGGAUUGAAGCUUUAUUUCUAUAUGCAAAAAUUGAUUGGGAAAAUGGAGAUACGAGGGAUGGCAAUACUGAGUUUGUGUAAAGGACAGGCUUUUCAGCAUUUCAGAUUUUCUUUCCCUACAUGUCCUGUAUGUUAUAUUCUAAAAGUUAGGACAUAGUUUUACUUUCUGGAUCAAGAAAUUUUGUCUUAAAUGAUUUUUUUUUUUUUUUUUAAAUGACUGUGGUCAGUAAGGUUUUAGUCUGAGUGUACCACAAUAUGUAGUUGGGUUUGAACAUUUUGUAGGUCAGGUUGUGUUGGAUAUAUUGGUCUAGUAACUGUAUUUUAUUUGGUGAUGAAAUGUGAAAUUUGAUUGGUGAUGGAGAAUAAAAAAAAAAAGGUAUCAUUGGGUUUUGAUCAGAAA